GGACUCGCAUCUAGGCCUAUUAUUUAAAAAAAAAAACAUAAAGAAAAGCUGUCAAACGCCUGUCAAUUUUUUGUAAGCUUUCAGGAGUAAAGUAUUUCUUGUAUUUCAGUAAAAAUGGUGAAAUUUAUGAAACUUUGAAGCAGCCUUCAUAAAUUUUAAGUAAUACUUAUCCUUCUUAACAGAUCUCAUACUAACAUUGCCCAAGAUGUCCAAGUGGCAGUCAGAACGCAGUAUUCAUGAGAUGCUAAAGGACACUCCACCGCUGCGGGAAUCCAGUGACUCCAUCACAUCUGGCACGGAGCCAAACUUCCCUGCUUCACGCUCUAUGACAUUCCCACCUGCCUAUGCCCCACCGGACGUUUCAGCAGGCGCGGGCGCAGGCUCGUUGCUCCGCGCGGGAGGCUCGCGUCUUGACUCACUACGCUCCUGGUCACUCUCCACCUACAAAUGCACCAAGCAGCUGCUCUACGAAAAACUCGGGAAGACCUCGCGCACUGUAGAUACUGAGUUGGAAGCGCAGAUCGAGGCGCUUCGGGAAACGCAGCGCAAAUACGCGGGAGUACUGCGGUUGAGUUGCGCGUUGACUGCACAGUUGGCCGCCGCAGCGGCCACGCAGCGGCAGCUCGGCGACGCCUUCGCGGAGCUCGCGCAGCGCUCGCCCGAGCUGCAGACACAAUUCCUAUACAACGCGGACACGCAGCGCGCGUUGACACGGCACGGCGACACGUUGCUCGCGGCGCUGCAUUUCUUCAACAACUCUCUCAAUACGCUCACCAACAAAACUAUGGAGGACACGCUGCUUACCAUACGACAGUACGAGGCGGCCAGGGUGGAAUACGACGCGUAUCGUAGUGAACUAGAAGCACGCGGCGGAAACCCGCCAUCUUUACUGUUAGCCAGUAUCGAGCGACAGCGGCGGGCCUACGAGCGGCUGCGGGACGACUCCGCCGUCAAACUGGCGUUGUUACACGAAAACAGGGUGAAAGUGAUGAACAAGCAACUUCUCUUGUUCCACAACGCCGUGUCGGCGUACUUCAGCGGCAACGGCGCGGCGCUGGAGGCGGCCGUGAAGCACUUCAGCAUCCACGCGCCGGCGCCGCCCGCGCCGCUGCCGCCGCUGCCGCCGCUGCCGCCCCUGCCGCCGCUGCCGCCGCUGCCCGGCGCCGCGCCCGCCGCGCCCGCCCGCACGUCGCCGACCUCCACGUAGAAAGGACUCUUAAAUCGAACGGCAUAAGGUUCUUAAUUCUGGGGUCGAGGGUCCUCCGCGCCAUCUCGCGAUCCAUGUAAAAUAAAAUCUUAUUUAAAGUGUCGUAAGAUCCUAUUUAACCGGGGACUGCAUAACCGAAAAAUAACAAUACCUUUAUAUAACGGUAUGACGUCACACCGGUUUAAUCCGAAUGAUUUAAAUAAAUUUAUUUCGCUACCGAAAAAUAACUGUACCGUUAUUUUUUCUAGUACCUUAACCGCUUUCAUGAAGGUACC